UUUAUGAUCGGGAUCGGUAAACAAAUAAUAUUUUAUUCUGCAGCCCGCCAAAACGAAAAUUGCACGCAAAAGAAAAGCAACAUGAAGAAAGGAGGUCCUCCAAACAAGAAACCAAGGUUUAAUGAUGAAGAUGAGCCUUCACAUUUUGAGGAUGAGCUGGCAUUACUGGAUGAAAUAGAAAUGGAGAUGCAGGACAAUUUUGAUGAGCAUGAUGGAACUGCAGGUGAUAGUCCAGAAGAUGUAAAUGCUCCUACAAAAUGGUGUCGGCCCCCAAUCCCAAAUAUGAAAGCAGACAAAGAUAAACUGAUAUUCCAGCAAAUUGAUGUAGACCACUACAUAGGGAGACACUUGCCCGGGAUGCCUGGAGCCACGCAGGGCCCAGUUCCCGUCAUCAGAAUGUACGGAGUCACCCUGAAUGGCAACAGUGUCCUGGCCCAUAUCCAUGGAUUUGCCCCGUACUUCUUUGUGCCAGCACAGCAGGGCUUUAAGAGGGAGCACUGCGAACAGUUUAGGAAACAUCUUGACAGUGUUGUUAGAGGAGACCUUAGAUCAAACAGAGAGGAGAUCCAGACAGCGGUACUGGCCGUGGACUUUGUCAUGAAGGAAAGUAUUUAUGGUUACCAUGGAAACAAAAAGAUCCCCUUUUUGAAGAUUACUGUGGCCAUUCCACGCCUUAUUGCCCCCGCCAAGCGUCUCUUGGAGCAAGGGUUUACCUGUCCCGGCUAUUCCAGUAAUGGUUUUCAGGCCUAUGAAAGCAACAUAGACUUUGAAGUCAGAUUUAUGGUUGACACGGAUGUAGUAGGAUGCAGUUGGAUCGAAAUCCCAGCAGGGAAGUAUCGGAUUCGUACGAAAGAUGACCCUAAAUUCCCGGUCAAAUCGCGCUGUCAAAUGGAGGUGGACGUUUCUUGGGAGGACUUUAUAUCCCAUGUCCCUGAAGGAGAAUGGUCAGCCAUGGCUCCGUUUAGAAUCCUCAGCUAUGAUAUUGAGUGUGCUGGAAGGAAAGGAGUUUUCCCAGAGCCGGACAAGGACCCUGUCAUCCAGAUCGCAAACAUGGUGAUCAGACAGGGAGAACGAGAUCCGUUCAUCCGGAAUGUGUUUACGCUGCGUUCCUGUGCUCCAGUCGUGGGCUCACAAGUCAUCAGUAACGAAAAGGAGUCAGACCUUCUUAAAAAAUGGGCGGAGUUUGUCAGAGUGGUGGACCCAGAUAUUAUAACGGGAUACAAUAUACAGAAUUUCGAUUUCCCGUAUGUGAUCAACAGAGCCAAUCACUUGAAGGUUAUGGACUUUACAUUUCUUGGACGCCAGAGAGACGUUCGUUCAGUCAUCAAGGAGUCCAUGUUUCAAAGUAAACAAAUGGGAAAGAGAGAGAAUAAAGUCAUCAACAUUGAGGGUCGUGUCCAGUUUGACCUUUUACAGAUUUUGUUGCGGGACUACAAGUUGCGAUCCUACACACUGAAUGCUGUGUCCUUUCACUUCCUUCAAGAACAAAAGGAGGAUGUGCAGCAUUCUAUUAUUACAGACCUACAGAAUGGUAACGAUCAGACUCGCCGUCGCCUUGCCGUGUACUGUCUUAAGGACGCCAUUCUACCGCUGCGCCUGCUGGAUAAGCUGAUGUGUGUCAUUAACUACAUGGAGAUGGCCAGGGUCACAGGGGUACCACUUCCCUAUCUCCUGUCCAGAGGUCAGCAGGUCAAGGUUGUGUCACAGCUGCUUAGAAAGGCCAAAGAGCAGGACCUGGUCUUACCCACCCACAAAGUGGAGACAGGGGACGAGUAUGAGGGUGCUACUGUGAUAGAGCCAGUCAAGGGGUUUUAUGACAGCCCCAUAGCCACCCUGGAUUUCUCCUCUCUGUACCCCUCCAUUAUGAUGGCCCACAAUCUGUGUUACACCACCUUACUGAGUCAACACUCCAUACAGAAGGAAGGAUUAACUCCUGACCAGUACAUAAAGACUCCCUCUGGAAAUUAUUUCAUCAAAACUCAGCACAGAAAGGGUCUGCUUCCAGAAAUCCUUGAACAUUUGCUCUCUGCCAGGAAAAAGGCAAAAGCUGAUUUGAAGAAGGAAACAGAUCCAUUCAAGAAGAAGGUGUUGGAUGGCAGACAGCUUGCUCUGAAGAUCAGUGCCAACUCUGUGUACGGCUUCACAGGGGCUCAAGUCGGUAAACUGCCUUGUCUUGAAAUAUCUCAGAGUGUAACAGCCUUUGGUAGAAUGAUGAUAGAACAGACCAAAACGUAUGUAGAGGAGCAUUACACCAUAGCAAACGGGUAUCAGCAUGAUGCAAAGGUGAUCUAUGGAGACACUGAUUCUGUCAUGUGUAAGUUUGGUGUAGGGACUGUAGCUGAGGCUAUGAAGCUUGGACAGGAGGCUGCUGAUCUCAUCUCAGAAAAGUUCAUCAAACCCAUCAAGUUAGAGUUUGAGAAGGUGUAUUUUCCGUACUUGUUGAUCAACAAGAAAAGGUAUGCGGGGUUAUACUGGACCAAUCCCGAGAAACACGACAAGAUGGAUUGUAAGGGGAUAGAGACGGUCCGUCGAGAUAACAGCCCCCUGGUGGCAAAUCUGAUCAACACCUGUCUACAGCUCAUCCUCAUCAACAGGGACCCGCAGGGAGCAGUGGAGUAUGCCAAGCAGGCUAUAUCGGAUCUACUGUGUAACAGGAUAGACAUCUCUCAGCUGGUCAUUACCAAGGAACUCACAAAAACUGGCGACGAGUACGCUGGCAAACAGGCUCACGUGGAACUCGCUCACAGAAUGAAGAAGCGAGACCCUGGUAGUGCUCCCCAGUUAGGUGACAGAGUUCCGUACGUCAUUAUAGCUGGGACCAAGGGCUCUGCUGCCUACAUGAACUCUGAAGACCCUAUCUACGUGUUGGAGAACAACAUUGCCAUUGACACACAAUACUAUCUGGAGAACCAGCUGUCAAAACCACUUCUCAGGAUCUUUGAACCUAUUCUGGGGGAGAAGAAGGCAGAGUCUGAACUUCUCAGGGGAGACCACACUAGAACUAAGACCAAAGUGGCCUCAAAAGUUGGAGGACUAAUGGCGUUUGCCAAGAAGAAGGCGACAUGCAUAGGAUGUCGCACUGUGCUGCAGGAGGAUGGUAUAGCUGUGUGUAAGUACUGUAAACCAAAGGAGUCAGAGAUCUAUCAGAAGGAGAUCUCUCACCUCAACAUCCUGGAGGAGAAGUUCUCACGGCUUUGGACCCAGUGCCAGAGGUGUCAGGGGAGUCUACACGAGGAUGUCCUGUGUACUAGCCGAGAUUGUCCGAUCUUCUACAUGAGAAAGAAGGUACAGAAGGACCUAGCUGACCAGGACAAGCUACUGCACAGGUUUGGGAGCCCCACCUGGUGAUAUCCACCCCCAGGGUACAGGUCCAUCAGCACCAGCUACUGACCACACCCCAACCCCACCCCACAAAUCCUUCAGAUGAUGUGUUCAGAUUCAUUAAACAUGAGGGUACAUGUUAAACUGUUUGAGACUGUUUGUGGUCAGUUUUAAAAACUAUCUGGCACCAUGGAGAAGGAAAAGUCAACAGGCUCUAUGCUGCUUUUGACCUGAAGUGCAGAUAAUCAUUUCAAUCAAAUAUGUUUGCAUUGACAUUGAUUGAUUGUGCUAAAUGUGAUGAAAGUGCUAACACAUGUGAUAUCUUUCCACUUAAUUCUGAGUUUUGGUCUAAUUUUCAAUGAUGGAACAGUUGAAUCAACUUUUUAUCAUGAAAUUUUGUGAUUAAAAUGAAAUAUCUUGUACAAUAUAGUGAUAUUUAAAAUGAUAAAAAUUACUUUAAUUUGAA